AAAAAAAAAUCAGUGUCUCGUGGCAUUUGCCGGAGGGUCAACGCGGAAUAAUCGCUGGUCGAAAUUCACCGGUCUUUAUCUUGAAAAGUUCCGAAUAACAAAAAAAUCAGGAUGAUUUUCCUCACUCGGUAUUUUUGGGCGAUCCUAGUGAUCUGGGGAUCAUUUUCGACGAAUUCAGGAUUCGUAAUUGACAUAUACCGAGAUGAUAGCAGUCGCUCUGGGAACGAGUUAAUCGAUUAUUCGAGUGCCAGAAAAGAUACAUGGGAUUACGAAGUUGUGACUCUGUACAAAUUCUUGAAUGCGGAAUAUUAUGGAAUAAUUCGUAUCGGACGUCCUGCGCAAGAAUUCAAAGUGGUAUUUGAUACAGCCUGGGGUGACUCAUGGGUGCCAUCUCAACAUUGUGGAUUCACAGAAUUGUCAUGCAUGCUUCAUAAGCGAUACGACAGCUCAAAAUCCUCGACGUACAGAGAAAAUGGUACACUAUUCUCUCGAAAAGAUUCAGAAUUGGAACUCAGUGGAUUUCUUUCUGUGGACAAUUUUCACUUGGAGCAUUUGGAAGUGGUCAACCAGACAUUUAUCGAAAUGACCCACAUGUCGUGGAAGCCAUUCUCCUUCUGGAAAGCUGAUGGGAUCAUUGGCUUGGGCUGGAAGACUUUAGCCAUCGAUGGAACAGUUCCAUUUUUCUACAAUAUGAUCAAACAGAAGAUUGCGAAGCAAAAUAUAUUCACAUUCUAUAUGAAUCGAGAUGAAACAACGAAUAAAGCGGGGAAACUGAUUCUGGGGAAUACUGAGAGAUCUCAUGCCAAAGGCAAUCUGACGUACGUGAGGGUUGUAAAGAAGGGCUAUUGGACGAUUGUAAUGGACAGGUUGACAAUCGAGGGGAAAAAAACUAACAAAACAUAUGCUUUCUGCAAGAAUAAUUGCCAAGUUGUGAUGGACACGAGUGCUAAUACUAUCAGUGGACCUGCCAAUGAAAUUCAGGCCAUAAAUAAUUUAUUGGGGGCAAAACAAGUGUGGCCUUAUUGGCCUUAUAAAUACAUGGUACAUUGCCGUGAAUACGCAUUGUUACCUCAUGUUACCUUCGUCUUCAAUGAUAGAGAAUUCACGAUAGAAUCGAAAUAUUACAUUCAACACGUGGUGUACGACGGAGUCGAAGCAUGUCUCUCUCCAUUUGUGCCAAGUCCCCUCGAUAUUUGGGAAUUAGGAGGUGCAUUCCUGAUGCAAUUUUACACAGAAUUUGAUUUCGAUAACGAGCGCAUUGGAAUUGCAGAAACAGUGUUCUAAAUAACCAAGACAGCAUUUUCAUAUAAUUCAAAACUCACCAAUUGUUAUUUUUCUAUGAAUGAAAUAAAAGUUCACUUAAACAAUUAAAAA